UACAUUGUAUGACAAGGUAAUAUUCUUUUUAUUUUCAAGUGUAAUGAAAGUCUGUUCCUUUUAAAUUAUAGUAAGGAUUUCUUGUUUAAAACCAGUAUUAUAUUUAUGUGUAACAUACCCGACCUUUGCUAAUGUCACAAAUGCUUAAUGUCUGUUUUAAAUGUUAAUACUGUUUUGCAUUUACUAUAAAAUAAAUGAACACGGUAAAUACAAAAGUAACCUUUCUAAUCAUUUGUCUAAUUAGAUUUUUUUUACACAAACAUACUACUAUUAUUCUAAAUAGUCUCUUGGGCAGUGACUAUUGCCUUGUCAGUAGAAAUAUAUUAUUGACUCUAACCAAGUUUUAUGCCCCUGGUUAUAUAAACACACUUCUGCUUUUUUUAUACCAUAAUCUACAAAUCAGGAGUAAAGGUAUUUCCUUUGUUUUUUUUCAAAAGGGAUAUGAGACUGUGGCAUCAGGUAAAAUGCAAUAAAUUUUUCAAUAGCUUAAAUGUGUUUUACCUUUUCUCUAAAAAAAUCACAAAGAUGCUCCCACUACCUGGGGACUUUUCCUGGCGCACACAUGAACAAAUUAAAGUUCUGUUACAUUACUCAGAUGAUGGGGGUAAGACGCUGAGAGUUGGUAGUGUUGAACCCAAUAAAACUGUGUGUCAGCAGAGGUGGAGUUUACAACUGUCAUGCCUCUUUUUCAGAUAAAGUAUAAAGGUUCAAGAAGCAUACAGUGCUCUCCACUCCAGCUGCUCUGAAUCUUGUGGUGCUUUAGUUAAUUAAAACAAAAACCACCAAUGACAUUCCAGAGCCAAAACCACUUUAUUGGUACAAGCUCCAUUUUCCAGCCUACUGCACCCAGUCUAAGUGGUUCAACCUACAGGAAAACAGCUACCCGAAAGUAUCAGGCGCCAAGUGUCUAUGGGGGAGCUGGUGGCUAUGGCACCCGCAUUUCCACCAGCACUAACUAUGGAGGAGGCUUUGGUGGUGGCUUUGGCAAUGGAUUUCAGCUCAACACCAGCAGCAGUGACAUCCUGUUUGCUGGAAAUGAGAAACUGACCAUGCAAAAUCUGAAUGACCGUUUGGCUUCCUAUCUGGAGAAAGUUCAUUUUCUAGAAAAAGCCAACUCCCAGCUCGAAAAGCAGAUCAGGGAGUGGUAUGCAAAUAGCUCCUCAACUACAAGGCAUGACUACAGUCCAUAUUUUAAAACCAUUGAAGACCUCCAAAACAAGAUUGGUGCUGCACAUCUGGAAAAUGCCCGGCUUGUCCUGCAGAUUGACAAUGCCAAGCUGGCUUCUGAUGACUUUAGAAUGAAGUAUGAGAAUGAGCUAGCAAUCAAACAAAAUGUGGAAAAUGAUCUUGCUGGACUCCGCAGAGUCCUUGAUGACUUGACCUUAUCAAAGGCAGACUUAGAGCUACAGAUUGAAGGUCUGAAUGAAGAGCUGACUUUCCUCAAGAAAAACCAUGGAGAGGAAGUUGGUGAACUGCGUAAACAGCUAGGUGGCACAGUUAAUGUAGAGGUGGAUGCUGCUCCGAGCACUGAUCUUGCCAAGAUUAUGGAAAACAUGCGAGAGCAAUAUGAUAGCAUGGCAGAAAAGAAUCGUCAAGAGGCCAAAAACCGCUUUGAUAAACAGACAGAAGAAGUGAACCGGGAAGUCGCUAUUAACGUUGAACAACUGCAAACCAAAAAAACGGAGAUCACAGAUCUGAGACGCACCUUCCAGGGCCUGGAGAUAGAACUGCAGUCCCAGCUUAGUACGAAAAAGGCUUUAGAAGACACACUGGCUGAGACGGAAGCACUUUAUGGUUCACAACUUGCCCAAAUACAGGCUGCAAUUGGCAAUGUAGAGGCACAGCUAAUGCAGCUUCGAGCUGACAUGGAGAGCCAGAGUACUGAGUACAGUACUCUCCUGGACAGAAAGAUACGGCUGGAGAUGGAGAUUGCCACAUACCGACGCCUACUGGAGGGAGAGGAUAGUAGACAUUUCCAGUCAGAGAUAUCUACUAUAGAAGAGCCUGAGACUGAAAUAAAUAAAAUUAGGAAGAUCAAGACAGUUGUUGAGGAGGUGAUUGAUGGCAAAGUUGUCUCCUCUGAGACCCAAGAGAUUGAAGAGAAGAUAUAAGCAGCAUCAGCUGGGAGAUGCCUCUGAACUUCUUAGAAUUGAUGGCAAAAAUUACUUGAUUAAACUUCAGUGGGAGUUGGAUUGGACUGUUUGUGGCUACGUCUGCACUGCAGAGUUUUGUUGCCAAAAGUUACUCUGCUUUAAUUAAAAUGCUUUGAUUAAACUGCUUUUGUAUGUCCACAGUAUGCUCCUUGUAUCAGCAGAGUGCAUCCACAUUAGCAGCUCUUGCAUUGACACAGAGAGCAGUGCACUGUGGGUAGCUAUCCACUGUGCAGCUGACCAUAGGACGCUUUGGGAAGGGUUUGCAAUGCCUCAUGGGGCAGAUACAGUGUCACAUGUUAGAGUUUUCUCAAUCCCAUCAUGCCAAGGGCCCAUGGACAUCCUACUAGAUUGCCAGCUGCUUUUCAACAGAAGUGUGUGAUGGGAGGGGGGGAGCGUGUGUGUCAGGGAGCAUGUGUGUGUUGCGGGAGUGUGUACGGUGGGGGAGAGUGAACAAACCUCCCCAACAAAUCUCUAAAUUCAGAUAGCCACCGGAAGCAACCAGUCCUGAGGCAGGGGGAGGGGGACACCCCUGACAUCAGCCCCCGCCCUAGCUCUGCACAGCACAGCAGUCUCUCUCUCACACAAAAACAAC